GAUAUCCAUCAUUAUUGGCAACAGUGAAUUAAAUGUUGUCAAGUAUUAAUUUCCACUGCACUAAUGAAUACAGAAGAAACUUUAUUGAAUAUAGAUUUCGGCAACAAAAUAGAUGUUGUGACGCAAGUAGAUGAUAGUGUUUUAUCAUUGUCCAGUUCAACAGAGGAAAUCAAUUUAGUUCCCGAAGUGGUUUUUGAGGGCAUUGUGGAUCCUUCUGCUGAUAAUAGAGAAUCGCAGCCCCUUCUGGGGGCUCGCGAUUUAGAUGUCUCAUAUAACCAGUUUCCAGAUGACCCUCAAUUCAGUGAUCUUGUGUUUCAAGCCGAACUAGCUAUUGAUAAAGGAAUUUAUCCUGAACGGAUAUAUCAAGGAUCAAGUGGAUCAUAUUUUGUUAAAAAUCCCAGUGGGAAAAUUACUGGAGUAUUCAAGCCAAAAGAUGAGGAACCUUAUGGAAGACUGAAUCCCAAAUGGACAAAAUGGAUGCAUAAACUGUGUUGCCCUUGUUGUUUUGGGCGAGCAUGUUUGAUCCCAAAUCAAGGAUAUUUAUCAGAGGCUGGCGCCAGCUUAGUCGACGCCAAGCUUGGAUUAAAAGUGGUGCCAAAGACAAGAGUUGUGAGGUUAGUAUCAGAAACAUUUAACUACCCAAGGAUAGAUCGGCAGAAAACAAGAGUCAAAAAAGCUAUUACAGAACAAUUUCCUACUAUGGGUUUAAGGUUUAAUAGAAUAGGAUUACCACCUAAGUCAGGCUCAUUCCAAAUUUUUGUAGAAGGUUAUAAAGAUGCAGAUUACUGGCUUAGAAGGUUUGAACAAGAACCUCUUCCUGCCAGGUUAGCUAAUAAGUUUCAGUUGCAGUUUGAAAAACUUGUUAUAUUGGAUUAUAUCAUAAGAAAUACUGAUCGUGGCAAUGAUAACUGGCUUAUCAAAUAUGAGCAGCCUGCUAUAGUUAAUACUCCUAGUGGGACCAAAACUAGAGUUGAACUCAAUGAAGCAACUGAUUGGAAUUUAGUGCAGUUGCCUGAAAUUUCAAUAGCGGCCAUCGACAAUGGCCUGGCAUUCCCUUUCAAACAUCCAGACAGCUGGAGAGCGUAUCCAUAUCACUGGGCUUGGCUGCCCCAAGCAAAGGUGCCUUUCAGCCAAGAUACUAGAGAUAGAGUUCUACCUCUGCUUAGUGAUAUGAACUUUGUACAAGAAUUAUGUGAUGAACUAUAUAUUUUGUUUAAGCAAGAUAAAGGAUUUGAUAAAAGCCUAUUUGAGAAACAAAUGUCCGUGAUGCGAGGACAAAUAUUGAACUUAACACAAGCACUACGUGAUGGUAAGAGUCCAGUGCAGUUGGUUCAAAUGCCUGCAGUCAUUGUAGAAAGAUCAAAAGGUAAUGCAGCAUCAUCAAGAUUUUUCUCAUUUAGUGACACCUUUACUCAGCGCUUCCAAAACAAGAGCCCAUUCUUUUCAUGGUGUUAAGUAGCCUCGAUAUCAAAUAAUUAAACUGUUAAAUUAUAAAUAUUAAUGUUCCACCUGUGUAUAUAUGUGAUAAGUAAUGUAGAAUAGAUUUUGAGGGGCCAUAAUCUAAAAGGCAGAAUUUAUAUCUUUAAAAUGAAUUUCACAUGAAAUUAAGCCUACGACUAUGACAUAGGAAUUUUAAUAUUUAGUUUUAUUGCAUUGUUAUUUAUAUUUUGUAGGUAUUAUUAUGUGUUGAAUUUGUGAAACAUUUUAAGCUUUUAUAUCGUAAAUAUAUUUUCAUAUAAUUCUUAGCCAAUAUAGAUGAAUAAUUGUGAAUAGAAACCUUUUAUAUGUACAUAAUAUAUAAAAUAUAGGAUUAGACUUGGGUAUUGAUGCAUCAUCUCAUUAGGCACUAAACUUACAGAUGAUUUUUAUUAUAUAUGAUAGUGUAAUAAUAUAUUUUUAGUAUACAACACGAAGACAAAAUAAUUAAUAUUGUAAUAUUUUAAAGUUAUAAAUCUGUAUUUGUAACUUACAGCCCUGAAAAGUCUAUCUACUAACUGCACUUUUUAGUCGGAGCUUGAGUCACAUAAUUAAUUUCUUCUAUCCCUCUACCUAAGUGCUAAU